ACCCAAAAAAAACCACCCGCAUCAACGGCACCACCAUCUUUGUUAGAGAAGCUGCACAAAUCUUCGCUUCUUCUCCGCUCCAGAGCUGCUAAAUCAUCAUACACAGGCUUUUAGAUAUAGGAUCUAUGGACGCUAACCGUAACAACAACAACAAAGGAAAGACAGCGAACAACUCCAGCACUAAUCCCAGCAUGGAGAAUGAGAGUAAAUAUCUCCCGGAGCUGCUGGCGGAGAAGGACAGCCUGGAUGCGUCGUUCACUCACGCCAUGAAGCUGCUCAGUGCGGAGAUCGAAAGAAUUCAGAAAGGUGAGCCGAAAAAAGACGGCGAAACGUACCUGGACCUCUUCGCCAACAAGAACGUGCGGGUGAAAGAACGAGUGCUUAUUCCCGUCAAACAGUAUCCACGGUUCAACUUUGUGGGGAAGAUUCUCGGUCCCCAGGGCAGCACCAUCAAAAGACUGCAGGAGGACACCGGAGCCAAGAUUUCCGUCCUGGGCAAGGGCUCCAUGAGGGACAAGAACAAGGAAGAAGAGCUGAGGAAGGGAGGAGAGCCCAAAUACGCUCACCUGUCCAUGGAGCUACACGUGUACAUUGAAGUGUUUGCGCCAAUCCCUGAAUGCUACAUGCGCAUGGCUCACGCUAUGGACGAGGUCAAGAAGUUCCUCAUGCCUGUGGACAACAUGGACGAGAUGCACCCGGAUCCCUUCAUGGACCCCGGGUAUCUGAACGGUGCUCAAGAUGUCCCCUCCCGUGGCCGUGGAGGCCCUGGUCGGGGCCGCGGCGGCCCACCACUUCCCAUGCUUGGAGCCAGGGGGCGUGGCAUGCUCCCACGUGGUGGUGCCCCUCGUGGUGGUGCCCCCAGAGGAGGUCCAGGAAGAGGAGGAGCAGCCAGAGGAGCACCAGUGGGUCGGGGUGGACAUCCUCCUGCCUCCUCGAACCGUGGCGGGGCAGCAGGACGGUCCCGUCCCCCCGCUGCAUCACAGAGGAUGGCACCUGCACCUGCACUCUCUCAUCAGCAGCACCAAGCGCCAGAGUCGUAUGAGGAAUACUCGUAUGACGAGAGCUACACCGAAACUCCAUAUGAAGGUUAUGAUAACUAUUACAACCAGUCAGCACCACAGGGAGAAACGGAAUACUACGACUACGGGCAUGGCGAAGCUCAAGAAAAUUAUGAAUCAUAUGCCGAGGACGACUGGGAAGGUGCCGCGUGGGGGAGCGGCGGAGGGAAAGCUCCUGCCCAACGCCAGAAUAAAGGAAACUAUCGCGAACACCCGUACGGAAGAUUCUGAGACCUGUCACUCACUGGGGUUGCCUGGGCAACCGCCUCCAAUUGUAACUCCUUUUAACAGCUCAAAGUAAUUUUUAGAUAAUUUUUUUUUUUUUUUUUUGUUCUAAUUUUUUUUUUUGUGUGUCUUUUGGAAUUCGCUCACUCGGACUUUGGUUAUUUUUUAGCGCUUUCCUCUUUGCAUUGUUGGCUUGUGCGGUCUGCUUGCUGAUAAUUCUUCCUCUUAUUAUUAUUCUUAUUAAUUUUUUUUUAAUGUAAUUAUUGUGGGUUAAAACGUAGAAACGAGUUCCAAACAGUUGACUUUUUAGGCAAAAAAAGAAAAAGUGGCUCGCUUUUGAGAAAAAAAACACAGAAAGGCUUCGAAAGGAAAGUGUUUAAAAGCCGUUUGUCCGAAAACCCAACACUAAACACCAACCUUAAAACUGACUGCUGUAUAGAAAUGUCAGCUAAAUUUUCUCUGGAGAAACAAAAUGUUCUUUCACAGGCGCAGGAUUUUGUUCCCAAAAAAAAAAAAAAAAAAAAAAAAAAAAAAAAAGGAGAGAGAAAGAAAAGAAAUAAAAUAAAAUUCCGUUGGUUAUCAAGUUUCUCUUUUUGUAAUGGGGGGGGGAAAUAUAUAUGUGGCCAGUCUAAAACUAUGUAUAUAAGUUUAUCUAUGAUUAAUCGUUUUUAUUUUUGCUGUCUAUAGUUUUGCAUUUCAUUACAAAAAAAAAUUACUGGUGUUCGUUUGCCUAAAUAGGAAACUAAAACAUGUUUUUUUUGUUUUUUUCCCCUGUAGUUAUGUCAGUCAAUAAAGCGCAGUCUUGUUUUCCAGCUAACAAAACCUGGUAUUUUUGCUUUUGUCUUCUAGCUGUCGGUCCAUAAAUGCCUUUUUUUUUUUUUUUUUUUUACUAACUAGUAUUUUGUUAGACAAACUUGCAUGCAGAUAUAAUACACCAUGUCCUUCGUUUGUUCAGUGAAUGACAAAAAAAUAUAUAUAUUGUGUAUAAACCGUUGCUAAUUAGAAUCCAAUUAAUCUGUAGCUGUUGGUAAAUGAUUUAUUAUUAUGUCCUGUUUAUCACAGAAAACUUUAAUACAGACAAAAAUAAUAAUAAAAAAAAAUCUCUAACAGUAACCCCUCCCCCCUAAUUUGUGUCCUGAAGUGAAAAUGUGACUUAAAAUCUUUCAUUUCAAUGAUUUAUACACAAUACAGCAGCUUUCUUGAAAGCUGCACCAGCGUUUCCGGCGGAAGUGCUGAUGUAUUUUCCAAAAAAUAAUUGCUGCUCACUCCCAUCUUUUUCCUUUUAUCGAAAAAGGAUCGUGAGGUGAGUCCUGCCAAGUGGCCUCUAAAAUAAAUACCUCGUUUAAAGAAAAGGUAACGUAUGAUCGUGUGAAAUUACACUGACGUAAACAAAACAACAAAAACAAAAUGUAGACUUUGCCUCAUUGGGCUUGUACUUCAAAAUGUAUUUAAAAUAAUAAUAAUAAUAAUAAUAAAAGGACAAACAAAGGUUUUCCCCCCUACCCCCCUCCUUGUUCUUGUGGCCGACAUGACCCUCGGAUAAAUGUUAUGUGUAGUAGUGUGAAGAAGAUCGCAAACUUGGCAGCAGGCUUACGCGACUUUCGUUGGGCUGAAAAAAUAACCAGAACAAAAAUCGGGAAGGAGGCGCUACAAAAAAGGUGGCUUAGGAAGCGCUACAAAAAGAAAGGUAACAUCUGCCCUAAAUGUCUUUUUUUCCCAACACCACCACCACUAUUUAUUUAUUUAUUUAUUUAUUUAUUUUGCUUACAAAAUAAUAUAAAGAACGUUCAAAAAAAUUUAGCUACAUCAUUUAAAAAUGCAACUCUUGCUCUAAAAAAAAAUCUUCUUUUGAUUUUUUUUUUUUAUUUCAUUUAUUUAUUUAAAAAUAAUAACAAUAAAAUUCAUUAAAAAAGUAAAAAAUAGUUGGUUUAAAAAAAAAAUAAUCAGUCUUAAAAUAGAUUAAAAAAAUUAAAAGUAAAUUUAAACAAAAAAAAAAUAA